CGCUCCGCACAUCGCUGUACCGCGUCCACAAGAAUACAGGUACAUAUGUAGCACGCAAAGCAGGGAGGUCGUGCACAAAGGCGAUGCUCGGCUCUGAGUUACUGCAACAGAUUCCAUCCUGAAGUACUUCGAAGAGAACACCACAACAUCCACAUUGAUAAUGGAAGUACAAGGACAUACACAGAAUCCUGGGCCUGUUACUGAAACAAAUGUAACCAGGGACUGGGAGAGACCAUUGCUGGACACAGGUGAUAUUAAGAAAGAACCUGACUCUGACAUGCUGGAAACAGGUGAUCUCAAGAAACACUUUGUGUCUGACACGGGAAUAAACGCUGACUAUGACACACCAUUUCUGGAAACAGGUGAUCUCAAGAAACAGUCUGUUACAGACAUAGGAAUAAACACUGACUAUGACACACCAUUGCUGGACAGUGAUGAUCUCAUGAAACGCUCUGUUACUGAGACAGGAAUAAACACUGACUAUGCGACCGCAUUGCUGGAAACAGGUGAUCUCAAGAAACACCCUGUUACAGACAUAGGAAUAAACACUGACUACGACACACCAUUGCUGGACAGUGAUGAUCUCAUGGAAGACUCUGUUACUGACAAAGAUUGUCGGGGACAUGCAAGGCAGUCACAUAAGUGUGAUGAGUGCGGGAAAACAUUUAUUCAAUCAGGAGACUUGAAAAGACACAUGCUUUGUCACAGUGGAGUGAAGCCUUAUCAGUGUGGUGAGUGUGGGAAAACAUUCACCCAGUCAGGUGGACUGCACGCUCAUUUGAGGAUUCACAGUGGAAUCAAGCCAUAUCGGUGUGUUGAAUGUGGGAAAGAAUUUACACAAUCAUGCAACCUGCAGUCACACAUGAGAAGUCACAGUGGAAUCAAACCUUAUCAGUGCAAAGAGUGUGAGAAAACAUUUACACGCUCAAGCCACCUGCAGGCCCAUCUGAGAAUUCACAGUGGCAUCAAGCCGUAUAUGUGUCGGGAAUGUGGGAGAACGUUUACUCAAUUGGGUGACAUGAAAAGGCACAUGCUUUGCCACAGUGGAUUGAAGCCUUUCCAGUGUGGCGAGUGUGGGAAAACAUUUACACGCUCAAUUUACCUGCAGACACAUAUGCUUGGUCACACUGGGUUGAUAUCUCAUCAGUGUAGUGAGUGCGAGAAAACAUUUACAACAUCAUCUAACCUGAAAAUACAUAUGAGAUCUCACAGUGGAGUCCAAUCCUUUCAGUGCAAUGAGUGUGAGAAAUCAUUUACAAGAUCGAGUCAUCUGCAGGCUCAUUUGAGGAUCCACAGUGGACUCAAGCCUUAUAAGUGUCAUGAGUGCGGGAAGACAUUUACUCAAUUGGGUGAUAUGACACGGCACAUGAUUUGUCACAGCGGAGUCAAGCCAUAUCAGUGUGAGGAAUGUGGGAAAUCAUUUACACUGAGAGGUAAUCUGAAGACACACAUGAGGAAUCACAGUGGAAUCAAGCCUUUCAAGUGUGCUGAAUGUGGGAGAGAGUUUGCACAGUCAGGUACCCUGCGGUCUCACAUGAGGAGUCACACUGGAGUGAAGCCCUUUGAGUGUGAAGUGUGUAGGAAAGCAUUUACAACAUCCAGAAACAUGCAGCGACACAUGAGGAGUCACAGUGAAGUCACCACAGCAUUGUUGAGUGAAGCCUCUUCAGUGUAGUGAAUGUGAAAAUACAUUUUCAACGGUCAGUCAAUUGCAGAGACAUGAUUGGUGACAGCUUAGUGAAGCCUCAUCAGUGUAGUAGUGAAAGGCAUGUGCUACAGCCAGUCAUGUGUGGAGACACGCAGUGACACUGGAGUGAAGCCUCAUCAGUGUAGUAGCGAAAGGCAUGUGCUACAGCCAGUCAUCUGUGGAGACACGCAGUGACACUGGAGUGAAGCCUCAUCAGUGUAGUAGUGAAAGGCAUGUGCUACAACCAGUCAUCUGUGGAGACACGCAGUGACACUGGAGUGAAGCCUCAUCAGUGUAGUAGUGAAAGGCAUGUGCUACAACCAGUCAUCUGUGGAGACAUGCAGUGACACUGGAGUGAAGCCUCAUCAGUGUAGUAGUGAAAGGCAUGUGCUACAACCAGUCAUCUGUGGAGACACGCAGUGACACUGGAGUGAAGCCUCAUCAGUGUAGUAGUGAAAGGCAUGUGCUACAGCCAGUCAUCUGUGGAGACACGCAGUGACACUGGAGUGAAGCCUCAUCAGUGUAGUAGCGAAAGGCAUGUGCUACAGCCAGUCAUCUGUGGAGACACGCAGUGACAGCGAAGUGAAGCCUCAUCAGUGUAGUGAGCGUGAAAAGUACA